CACUAUUGUUUGUGCCGGUAGGUGGUGUUAUUUUUUUCUGCCUCCCCUCAGUCUCAAAAGUUUUAUAUGAUGCUGUCUGUCUGUUUGCGUUGAAUGAAGAUGGCGACCAGUUCAGAGCGUAGUCCCCCUCCCUUUCCCGAGGACCUGGAACCGGAGCCUGACGAAGUUGGAGACCAAGACAGUGAUGACGGAGAAGACAUUUUUCUUGGCGCAGAUAACCCAUUGGAGAUAAAGAUGGACCCUUCGCUGUCUGCAAGUGACAUCGCAAGUUCAACCAAACCACUGAGUGAAGCAUCUAGUCCUCCAGUGAUGGACAUCCUUAGUGAACCAGCAAGCGAGGCAUCUAGUGCGCCAAUGGUGGACCUCCUUAUGGAACCAGCAAGCGAGGCAUUUAGUGCUCCAAUGAUGAACCUCCUUAUGGAACCAGCAAGCGAGGCAUCUAGUGCUCCAAUGGACCUCCUUAUGGAACCAGCAAGCGAGGCAUCUAGUGCUCCAAUGGUGGACCUCCUUAUGGAACCAGCAAGCGAGGCAUCUAGUGCUCCGACGAAUCUCCUUAUGCAACCAGCAAGCAAUGCAUCUGGUGCUCCAAUGGUUGACUUCCUUAUGGAACCAGCAAGCGACGACCUAAAGGAGCCUCCCAAACCUGACAUCGACCCAUUGGCUGACAUUAUCAACGACACUCCACUCAGUGAAGUCAAAACACUGGUUGCUGCGAUGCCCCAGGAGCCACCGAGUGACCUUUUUGACGAUGAGCCCAGCGAACUUUUCGCUGAACCACGACAAAGUAACACUGCCAAGCAACAACAAACUAGCAUCUUCGACGAACCUGAUGAGGACCUCUUCAGCGACCCACUGGGUGAAGCCUCGAAGAAACCUCAGAAUGAUGUCUUCAAAGAAGCACUUGCACCAGUGGCCAAAGCUAGCAAUGUCUGCGGGCCUCUGAGUGACAACUACAAAGAGGACCCCACUGAUAUAUUCACUGAGGAGGCCAUCACUACUCUCCCUAGUGCAGUCAGUACUGUUUCCGUCAACUCCAAGACCAACGGGGUCCACUCCGAUGAGGAACCUGAUAUAUUUGCAGAAGCCACUGUAGAGCUGUCUCUGGACAGCCCUAGGAAUGACAGAAAAAAGAAAGAGGCAGGCAAGCCCUCUGCCUCUGCCCCUGCUCCCUCAGUCUCAACAAGUGCUUCCAAACCGCAACCCAAGACCCUGGAGGAGUUGGAAGAGGAGGUUGAGGACAAAUUUGAGCUGAAUAUCUCAAUAACCAAUCCAGAGAAAGUUGGGGAUGGCAUGAACGCUUACAUGGCCUACAAAGUCUCCACACAGACCACACUGCCCAUGUUCCGCAGUAAGACGUUCACAGUGCGCCGGCGUUUCAGUGACUUCUUAGGCCUCUACGAGAAGCUCUCGGAUAAACACACGCUGAACGGCUACAUUGUGCCCCCGCCGCCUGAGAAGAGCAUUAUGGGAAUGACUAAAGUCAAAGUGGGAAAAGAGGACAACUCGUCGGCUGAGUUUGUGGAGAGGAGGCGGGCGGCUCUGGAGAGGUAUCUGCAGAGAGUGGUGUUCCACCCAUCGCUGCUACAAGACCCUGAUGUCAGAGAAUUCUUGGAGAGAGACGAUAUGCCCAGGGCUCACAACACCCAGGCUCUGAGCGGCGCCGGCUUCCUGAAGAUGAUCAACAGGGCUACAGACUCCAUCAGCAAGAUGACCAUCAAAAUGAACGAGUCGGACGUGUGGUUCGAGGAGAAACUGCAGGAAGUGGAGGCUGAGGACCAGCAGCUGAGGAAGCUCCACAUCAUGGUGGACUCUCUGGUCGGACACAGGAAAGAGUUGUCGGUAAACACGGGGGGCUUUGCCAAGAGCGUGGCGAUGCUGGGCAGCUCGGAGGACAACACGGCCCUGUCCAGAGCCCUCUCCCAGCUUGCCGAGGUGGAGGACAAGAUGGAGCAGCUGCACCAAGAGCAGGCAGCCAGCGACUCGUUCUGCUUCGCCGAGCUGCUCGCCGACUACAUCCGCCUGCUGGGAUCCGUCCGGGCCUCCUUUGACCAGCGGAUGAAGUCGUGGCAGCGCUGGCAGGAUGCUCAGAACAUGCUGCAGAAAAAGAGGGAGACAGAGGCCAAGCUGCUGUGGGCCAACAAGCCUGACAAGCUGCAGCAGGCCAAGGAUGACAUCACUGAGUGGGAGGCCAAGGUGACUCAGUAUGAGAGAGACUUUGACAGAGUGUCUGCUACAGUUCGCAAGGAGGUGCUCAGGUUUGAGAAAGAGAAGGCCCGCGAUUUCAAAAAACAGAUCAUCAAAUACCUGGAGUCUCUGCUACAGUCGCAGCAACAGCUGAUAAAGUACUGGGAGGCAUUCUUGCCAGAGGCAAAAGCAAUUGCGUGAUGGAGUCCGCCAGCCAAUGGAAAGAAAGAAGAGGAGGCUGCCUUUUUUAUACACUUUACCUCUCUCCUAUAAACCAAGAAAAUAACCAGAGAGUGCGCUGCAAAGGGAAAUUUGAUUCGUUUUUUAAAAUCAUCCUAAACCUAUAGCGCUUCAUUCUAACUGUUGUAUUAAUAAUUGUAUAUUUUCAUUUAACCUUCCACAUAUAUUUUCUAAAUGGUGAAAACAAACUUUAGCUCUUUUGUGAUGGUAUGGAUGUGUGUGAGGGCUGGGUGUCCUACUUGCGUAUGCAAUGUUAAUGAUUCCAUUAGUUUCCACUUCAGAGCAGGAGAAAUCAUUGUUCUCAGUGCAACAUCCUUAUAUUAACAAUAGGAGAUUUUUAGACAUUAGCAUUGUUAAUAAUUCACAACAGAGUGCCCAUCACACAAAACAUGACACACUAGGCAGAGUUUCUGGGGCUUUCAAGGGGACCUAGUUGAAUUAAAUGCCCAAUUCCAAAUCAAACACCAGCACCCUACUCCCCAUGCACUUCUUAAAAAUCAAGAUAAAGGAUUGGGUAGAAGUAAGCAAUAAUAACACAGAACAUCCACCCAGUCUUCCAAAAGGCUUGGUGUUAUUACUACAUUGCUAUAUUGUGGCUGGGGGUCCAUUUGGAAUUGAGUCAAAGACACACGUGGAGCCACAUUCAGCCUGUAUAAUUUGGGAGGAUCUUGAGAUGUUUACAUUUCUAAAUUUUGAAUCAAACUUUUUUUUGUAUUAUUAUACAUGAUCGGUUCAAUCACUGUGGACAUGACAUCAACCCUCCAAAAUAAAAGUCAAGAAAAUAAGAACCAUGGUUGAUUGUGUGAAAAAUAAUGUAAAAAGUUGAAACCACGUCAGUAACUGUUAAAAGUACUGCUGGUCCACAUGGAAAACGUGUUAAUUUCAAUGGAAGCUGUCUUUAUAUAACAGUUAUUGCAGAUUGUGAUUAAUUUGGAUGAAUGGCAUCGGAUUUGGGGGGAAAUGAAACUGUUUCAGGGAAAUACUCCUACAUCCAAAAGGGCAAUCAAAUCUUCUCAACAUGCAUUGUAGUUUUCACUUUGCAUGAGGAACCGCAUCCAUUAAAAAUGUUCAACUACCUGUAAUCUUUGUGGAACAGAGUUGUUGCAGGUUGUUACUUUCCCAGAAUAAAAGGUAGUGGGUCUUUAAUUCAGUAGACUAGCUAGUAAUACAAUUGGGUUGGUCAUUCUGAUUGAGUGAAACUUCCUGGACCUUGUGCAACCAGUUGAUCAUGAUUUAUUGGCUCAGAUUAGAGCCAUGUGUAGGCUAUAUACAUAUGACUAAGUCUAUUUUUCAGUGCUUAUCAAUUAGUCUAAGAACAUGGUCCUCAAGAUGCUUGCGUCAAACAACACCUGUUAAGAUUAAAGAUGCACAAAUCAUAAUUGUAGUAGUCAAGAGAAACAAGCAAGACUCAAUGUAUGGGAUUUUGGGAUGUAAACCAUAGCUAAAUUAAUUUCAACCUGGAGGAUGCUAGAGACUGGUUGUUUAGCAACAAAAUGACGCGUGCGCAGCUAUGGUGCAAAACAGAUGGGGUUGGCUUAGAUUGUUGACAUGUAAACUUUAUUUCGUCUUCAAUGUUUAUUGAAAACGAAUACAUUUGCACGAUGAGCACUCAAAUACAUUGUUAGUUGUUGGUUAGCUAUCUAGCAUAUACGUAACGUCAAAAUACCUCAAGACAUGGUAUCAAGAACAAGAUGAAACGAGUCUCCACAAGCCCCAUUAGAAGCGUGCGCAUCGUUUGUGACGUUGUCAGCUAACCCUUCUAUAGUGCAAUUCAAAUGCUUCUCCUAACUUGUUGGGAUGCAUUUUAUUUUAGAGCAUACAAUAUACUGAGAGUUUUCUUUUAUAUGUGUUUAUGUAAACCAUAGGCCAAUACACAGAUCACGUUUCUUCCAUCGUUGUAUUACCACUAAGAGAGACACAGAUCAUUGGUUAAGGCAGAAAUAAAUAAAUGUUAUACUUUUACAUAUAAGGCGGCUAAUUUCCAACACACUCAAUGCUGCUGUCAAAUAAAUUAUCAUGUUAUGACAGCCCUAUUAAUCGAUCCCACUUCUAACAUACAUUUCUCUAUUUUGGAUUAGCAAGUUUUUUUUUGUUUUUUUU